AUGGGGCCGUGGGUCUACUGGGUGAAGGCCAGUGUGGUUGUGCUGGACUGGGACAACGUAUUCCACCACUGCAGCACUGGGCUCUGGGGCUCUCUCAAUACCCUCUCUGUUUCUGUCACCUCAGAAAUUAGAAGAAUGAUGUCCCCUCUGGGCCUGGCCUGUGGCCGCAGUGCUUCUGAAUGCAUCACAGUAUGGGUGAAGGAUUAUGACACGGGACAGGAAGAGGGGCGGCCGGUGUCCCCGUUCUCUGAGGAGUGCUGUGAGGAGCUGUGGGACAGGGUGGAGGGGGUGAGGCACAAGCUGACCCGCAUCCUGAACCCAGCCAAGCUCACCCCCUACCUGAGGCAGUGUAAGGUCAUCGACGAGCAGGAUGAGGAUGAGGUCCUCAACUCCAUCCAGUACCCACUACGUAUCAGCAAGGCUGGACGUUUGAUUGACAUCCUGCAUGGGCGGGGCCAGCGUGGCCUGCAGGCCUUCAUGGAGUCUUUGGAGUUCUACCACCCCGAGCAAUACACUCAGCUCACUGGACAACAGCCCACCCAGCGCUGCUCCAUCAUCUUGGAUGAGGAGGGUCCAGAGGGCCUGACUCAGUUCCUGCUGCUCGAGCGUUGCCGUGUGGCCGAGGAGGAGCGUAGCCGGGCUGAACGCAAGACACUGGACCUACGACAUGACCGGCUGCAGAUAGAGAGGCUGCGUCAGGACUGGGAGGCAGGCAGCAGGGAGUUGGCCCGGUUGAAGGACAGGCACCUGGAACAGGCUGUGAAAUACUCGCGUGCUCUGAAGGAUCAGGCCAAGGCCUCCGCACGUGAGAGAGAGCUACUGGAACAGAUGGAGCAUCUGAAGACCAAACUGAUAGAGGCAGAGAAAGAGACUGACAGUUGUCCUGUCUCUAUUGCGCCAGUCAGAAGGAACAGGGGUGUCGCCCAUCACACGAACGGCACCCCCGCUGUUCCCAAGAAGAGUGAGAAGCCACUACAGCACAUUGACAUUCAGAAGUCAGGUCACAUUGAAACACAGGCUCUGUUGGACAUCCUGAAGCAGGACCGCAGGGAGGCAGCAGAGCAGAGACACGAGCUGUGUGGCAACAUCGCCAGACUACAGGGAGAGCUGGAGAGCUCUGAGGAUUUCAGGGACAAGGAGUCUCAGUGUGAGCAGCUGCAGUUGAAGGUGAGGACUCUGCAGCUGGACUGGGAGACGGAACAGAAAAGGAGCAUUUCCUACUUCAACCAGAUUAUGGAGCUGGAGAAGGAGAGGGACCAGGCUCUGCGCAGUCGAGACAGCCUGCAGUUGGAGUAUACUGACUGCCUAUUGGACAAGAACCGCCUGCGUAAACGCAUCGCAGAGCUGCAGGCCAAUCUAGAGCAGCAGCAGAGAGAGCUGGAGAAAGAGAAGGACAGGAGCAGGGAGCAGAGUUCCCCCUGUAUGCACUGUUCUCACCUGUCUCUGUGCAGCGAGGACCAGUGCUACGGGCCCUGCUGCUCCCGAGACCUCAGCCUUCUGCCCAACGGCACUCACCAGCUGCUCUGCAAGUCUCCCUCUACAGACCAAACCCAUGACCACUCCGAAGGUUCCCGUUCAAACUCAGAGGAGAAUUUCUUGACAGCAACAGUGGACAGUGAGAGGGAUGUUAACAGGCUCUCCAUCUUCCCCUUCCCUCCCUGCAUGAACUCCAUCAACCGCAGGGUCAACAUAGAGUUUGAUCUGGACUCCUGGGGCAGUGAUGAGAAUGAGAACCUCACAGGAGUCCAGAGUGAGGUCUCCCUGUCGAACUCCUGUAGCUCCCUGCAUUCUCACCUCUUCGCCCCUGACCUCAUCAACCUGCCCCCUGUCCCACCUCACAAACCCAACUACAGCAGUCUCGGUUUCGAGCCCCUGUCCCCCGUACCAAGUCCCCCCACUACGCACAAAAGAGGAAGAGGCAGCCUGGCAGAUGACAUCAACAUCAUUGGGGGCAACCGCACAGGCAUCUUUGUUAGCAGCGUCAGAGCUGGUUCUCCUGCUGAGCAGUGGGGUCUGAAGGAGGGCAGUGAGUUACUGGAGCUGGAGAAGGUUCUGUUUGGUGGGGGCAGUGUGCUGAUGGGCCAGUGCACUGGAGAGGUGGCCCACUUCUCUCUGCAGUGGUGGACAGAGCCCUCUUCUCUCAAACACCAGACCAACACAGAGGCCUACUCCAAGUUAUGUGCCCAGCUCCCUUCUCCUAACUUCUACGGUGCUGACUCCUUCUACGUGCGCGUCAACCUGGACCUGGACCCUCAUAACGACAUGCCCUGUCUGGGGGUGCGCUGUGAUGACAUAAUACACGUCACUGACACCCGUUACAAUGGGAAGUACCAGUGGCGCUGCACCCUGAUGAACCCCCGCACAGCCAAGCCCUUGCAGGCGGGGGUCAUGCCCAAUUACAACAGAGCCCAGCAGCUGUUAUUGGUGAGGUUACGUACCAUAGCCCUGGAGCAGAAGGAUUUCAAAAAAAAAGUAUCCAAGAAGGGCUCUGAGCGUGUACGAUUGGUCAAGGCUGUCCCCCCCAGCUGUCGUGGAAUUGGUUCCACCCCACAGGUCCUUUACACACUCAGCAACCGUCAUGAGGAGCACCUGAUUCCUUACAGUAUGGUCCAGCCAAUACAGGUCAUGACCAAACGGCCUGUCAUCUUCUCCCCCUCCUUGUUCUCUCGUGGCAUCAUAGAGAGACUGCUUCAGCCAGCAGAGUCUGGACUGGACUUCAACACCUGCCAACCAGAGCUAAUCCAGGCCACAGAGAGAAAUGAUAAGAGUGUCUUCCUGCUAGAUGCUUCCACCCCAGAGCAGGCUCUUGGAAUCAGUCUGCAGUCUAUUCAGGAAGUAAUAAGCCAGGACAAGCACUGUCUGUUGGAGCUAGGCCUGAGUAGUGUGGAGGGCCUUCUGAGGCAGGGGGUCUACCCUAUCGUCAUUAAUAUCCGACCCAAGAACAAAAAACACAAGAAGUUAAAGAAGUUGCUGACCGGGCGAGGGGAGGAUGGCAUGAUGGAGGAGGUGUGUCAGGCGGACAAGCAGCAGCUGGAGACCCUGCCCCUGCUCUACCACACUUUGGAACCCAGCACCUGGAGCUGCACCGAGGAUUUGCUUCUCGCCAUACGCAAUGUCAUCCACAGCCAGCAGAAGGCACUGCUGUGGGUUGAGUUGGAAAGGCUCCAAUAGAUCCCAAUGUUUUCACCCAGUUUUAUUAUUUUACUAAUUUGAUACAAUUAUCGUAUACAUUUCACACACACCCAUUUAGAUACCUAGUUCUACCACAGUAAAUAUGAAGUUUCAUGUUCAUUUGAUGAAUUAAACCUUACAAGCUCAGUA